GUGCGUUCUUGCACAAGUAUUGCGGUCCAGAUCCGAGCUGUCAACAGCUCAUGGCCGACUUCCAGCGCAACAUGAACCAAACGGUCCUCAACCUUAUCAACGCCGGCAACGGUAGCUCUGUCGAUGUCUCGGACAUCAUCGCGCGCAGCGUGCCGGCGGGAACACCGGCGCGCGUAGCGUCUGUCUUUGGGCUCUACCACUCGUGCCUUUCGCAGUAUCGGUGUCCGCUGGUCAAGAUGCCACCCGGUGCGUCCUUCGCGCCCGUUCUUGUCGCGAGCGAAGAAAUGCACAUGGUGAUGAUCUACAACACAUCGGCCAACUUCAACCUCACGUUGACGUACCCGGCUCUCAACGUGACGGUUGACAUCAACAGCGCCACUAUGUCUUUCGACUUUGGCUUUAUGUCAUCGUAUGACGCCACGUAUGCGCUAGCGUCGCAGUGGAACGCAUCGAUGAAGCCGGCAGCGUAUCUCGACUGUUCGAAUACGGUGCCGUGCUACUUUGUCAUGUACCUUCCGCACUCGAUCCUGCCGCUGUCGCUACCAGACAUCGCCUCAAACGGGACCUAUUACUACACGUACAAGCAGACGGCGUACCAAGUACUCCAGCUCAUUCCUGCCAAUACCACGGUGCAGGACUCGAACGUUGAGAUUGUCCAGAGCCCGGCGUGCAACCGCUGCCAACAGCACAUUGCGGCCUGCAACCUCAGCCCGUUCGGUUGCCACGCUGUGCAGUGGUGUGUCGAGAAUGGCAAAGCGACGCAGCAAAUGCAGAACGGACCCUUCUCCCCCACGACCGCCGGGCUCUACACUACGCAAAGUUUGGACGCCUCGUCAUGUCUGACGAAUGUGUCACUGGCGGCGGCGGCCCCAUACCUUGCCGCGUCGAGCUGCUAUGCGACCAACAAGUGUCCGGUGGGAGCGACGUUGAGUCAGAUUUUGGCCGAUCGGAGUCUCGUGACCGCAAUGACGCCGGGUUUCCAGAAGAUUCUCGUCUCGGGGUCCCUCACAGCCUACGUGAGCCUCGAGAUCCGCCUCCUCGGCACCUUCCUUGGUUCUAUCGACUACAUUUCGCUCUACUCGUCGUCGUCCGUGCUCGCGGACCAGCUCCAAGCAAUGUUCAAAUCUUUUGGCACCGUCGACGUCUGGAUCUCUCAAGAAACCAACACGAUGUGGUACAUCCUGCUAUCGUACUACAACUACAUCGGGCCACUGCCAACCGUCACGAUUGUCACGUCGGCGUCCGUGUCAGCGUCUCUUGUCAAUACACAGCACCCGUCGCCAUACUACCAAGUCGUGCCGCUCAGUGGCGCCAAGUUCGGGUUCCCGUACCAAGCCAACGGAGUGGCGCCGACACCGGCCCCGAUGACCACGUCGCCGACGCCGCUGCCCAUGUACGGCUCGAUCGUGUUUCCGUCGGGGGGCCAAACGACCAACACGUCAAUGGUCAAUGCGACGGUGGUCAAUGCGAACCUGACAAGUGUCCCGGUGACAUUUGCGCCCAUGUCAAUUUUGCCGAUGACAAGUGCGCCGGCGACUGCCAUGUCCACUGUUUGCGACCAAUGCCAAGCGUACUUGCAAGCCAAUUGCCUCUCGGAUGCCGCCUGCGUAUCGCUGUUGACCAGCUACCGGGCGGCUAUCAACGUCAACGUCUCGUCGCUUCUCUACAACGGCUCGACGUCGUCGUCGAUGUCGAUUUCGUCCGUGCUCUCGGGACCUCAAACGCCGUUUGCGACCACGACGUUCAAGUCGAUGACGCCCUUUGCACUCUACUACUCGUGCAUGAGCAACUACCAGUGCGCACUCAACACGACAAUGGUCAACGGGUCGCAAAAGAUCGUGGUCUUCUCGACGACACCCGAAGUCCACGUCAUUUCCGUGCCCAACACAACUGCGAGCUUCGACGCGAUCAUCUCGUACCCGACGCUCAACGUCUCGCUGGUCGUGACGAGCAGCGCCCCCAAUGGCCUCAACGCCUCGUUGCAGUCGGUCUGGGGCGUCUCGUUGGCGCCCACCGCGGCGCUUUCGUGCAGCGGCACGUGCACUGUCACGCUGACAUUCCCCAACCUUGUGGUUCCGCUGCCGUUGCCGUUGGUCACGUCGUCGGUUGCGACAGCCACCGCAGCGCGCGCCGCACAAAGCAGCCAAACGUUGUCGUUGUUGCCGCCGACAACCGUCACCAACACGGCCCUCGUGCUCAGCGGGUCCUGCAAUGCGUGCGUCUCGCAGUUUAGCGCGUGUGCUGCCAACGCCGCAUGUGCCAACGUGCUGAGCUGCUGGCGCACGACCGCGGCGAUGGCGUCGACUCUCAACGCCCUCCAAACGUUGCCGCUGUUUUCUUCGGUGAACGCGACGGCCAACACCACGACGUGCUUUGCCAACCAAGCCUUGGCGAGCGCGAGUCUCUUUGCCGCCGCGACGAGCUGCGUGCUGCAGAACGCGUGUCCCGUCGCCGCCGACGCGAGUCUCGCGACCAACAUCACGUCCGUCUACGCCAACCGCAUGGUCGUACCGACGGCGACGACUGCCGUUCAGACCAUCUCGUUUGGCGCGACGAGCGUGGUGACUUUGCAGCUGAGUCUGUGGGGCUUCAGCGUCGGCAGCGUGCCCAAUGUGGCAUUGGCAACGCCAGUAGCGACGAUCGCUGCGUCUGUGCAGGCGCUGCUCGGCGGUAUGGGCCAGGUGACCGCUACGUCUGUCUCCACAGGCGUGACGUCCUGGAGCCUCACGCUGUCAUAUACCAACUACAUUGCGCCGCUACCGACCAUCACAGUCGUCGGCGCGACCGCAACUGUAUCGUCUGCGCCCGCGAGCUGGCUGUACCGAGUCGUGCCGUUCAACGUCGCAGCGUUCGGCUUUCCGUACCGUACAUCCUAGUGUGUGUAAAUGGUGUCCAUGUAAUUGCAUGGCCAAUCUUUGUGAGAAGAAACACUGUAACGUACCCGCCGCGCCACAGGAUAACAGCAGGACCA